CCAUCGGAACGUCGACCAGUAAGGGAAGAGAAGAAAAAAAGAAAGAAAGUGAGGGGAGCGGAGCGGAGACGGGAGAGAGGAGCCGCUUCACAUUGCCUGCACUAAAAGAGACAUCAAGAAUUAGAAUAAGGCAAUGGGGGAUGAUUGAGAGGAGGAGGCUCAUCAUCAUCAAUUGGCUCCAUUGAAUUGGAAAGAGAAGAGACGUCGUUGUGCGCGUGUGGGUACCUCCGCCAAGGAAAAAUAAAAGAAUAAAGGGUUGGGCGCACACGAGCAGGAGUUCUCCGUGUCGCCUUCAGGAGUCAACGUCACCCCUCAUGCGCUUGGACCACUCCUGAUCCCGAACGCAACGAGUAGCCAGCAGCUCCGCAUCCCGAGAUGGACGACGACGGCCAUUACCGAGACAACCGCUCCGACUUCAUCCGCGGUGCCAAGGACAUCGCCAAGGUGGCCAAGAAGCAGGUGGGCAAGAAGAUGGGGCGCGGCGUGGACAAGAUGGCCGACGAGUACACCCGCCGCUCCUACAAGCGUUUUGAGGAGGAAGACGAUGACGACGACUACGCCGGGGUGCCGGGCGGCGAAGACGGCGGCGGAGGCUACUACCGCAACGACAGCCGCGCCAAUGACGACGACGCCCACAGCGACUCCACCGAGGGCCACGACGAGGAUGACGAGAUCUACGAGGGCGAGUACCAGGGCAUCCCGCGGGGAGACUCGGGCAAGGCGGACGUCGCGGCGGCGCAGGCGCAGCACCUCCGGGACCUGUCGGCGUACGAGGGCGAGCGCAGGAAGGACCAGGAGGAGCUGGCCCAGCAGUACGAGAGCAUCCUGCAGGAGUGCGGCCACGGAAAGUUCCAGUGGACGCUUUACUUCGUGCUGGGCUUGGCGCUCAUGGCCGACGGCGUGGAGAUCUUCGUGGUGGGCUUCGUGCUGCCCAGCGCCGAAAAGGACAUGUGCCUGUCGGAGCCCAACAAGGGCAUGCUGGGCCUAAUCGUAUAUCUGGGAAUGAUGGUGGGCGCGUUCGUGUGGGGCGGCCUGGCCGACCGGAUCGGGCGGCGGCAAACGCUGCUCAUCUCGCUGUCCAUCAACAGCGUGUUCGCCUUCUUCUCGUCCUUCGUGCAAGGCUACAGCUCCUUCCUCUUCUGCCGCCUGGCGUCUGGAGUCGGCAUCGGAGGCUCCAUACCCAUCGUGUUCUCCUACUACUCUGAGUUUCUGGCUCAGGAGAAGCGAGGGGAGCACCUCAGCUGGCUCUGCAUGUUCUGGAUGAUCGGCGGCAUCUACGCCUCAGCCAUGGCCUGGGCCAUCAUCCCACACUACGGCUGGAGCUUCCAGAUGGGCUCGGCCUACCAGUUCCACAGCUGGCGCGUCUUCGUGCUGGUGUGCGCCUUCCCCUCGGUGGCGGCCAUCUCUGCACUCACCACCAUGCCCGAGAGCCCUCGCUUCUACCUGGAGAAUGGGAAACACGACGAGGCCUGGAUGAUUCUGAAGCAGGUGCACGACACCAACAUGAGGGCCAAAGGAUAUCCGGAGAGGGUCUUCUCUGUGACCACCAUCAAAACGGUGAAGCAGAUGGACGAGCUGGUCAACUUGGGAGACGGCGCCGCCUGGCAUCAGAAAUGGAGGAUCAAGCUCACCUCCCUUUUCCAUCAGGUGUGGAGUAAUUUCCAGACGGUUUUCUCCCCUGAGUACCGCCGCACCACUUACAUGAUGAUGGCCGUCUGGUUCUCCAUGUCCUUUAGCUACUAUGGUCUGACCGUAUGGUUCCCCGACAUGAUCAAGUACAUUCAGAAGCAAGAGUACGCCUCGCGCACCAAAGUCUUCGUCAAGGAGAAGGUGGAGCACGUCACCUUCAACUUCACCCUGGAGAACCAGGUGCACCGCCAGGGGGAGUACUUCAACGACAAAUUCAUGAAUCUGAGAAUGAGGUCCAUGGUGUUCGAGGACUCGUUGUUUGAGGAGUGCUACUUUGAGGACAUCACCUCCAGUAACACUUUCUUCAAGAACUGCACCUUUAUCGCCACCCUCUUCUACAACACAGACCUGUUCAAGUACCGGUUGGUCAACAGCCGGCUGAUCAACAGCACCUUCCUGCACAACAAGGAGGGCUGCUUGCUGAGCGACGUGAGCGACGAGAACAACGCCUACAUGGUCUACUUUGUCAGCUUCCUGGGUACCUUGGCCGUGUUGCCGGGCAACAUCGUGUCGGCGCUGCUCAUGGACAAGAUCGGCCGGCUCAGGAUGCUCGCGGGGUCCAGCGUGAUUUCCUGCGUCAGCUGCUUCUUCCUGUCGUUCGGCAACAGCGAGUCGGCCAUGAUCGCGCUGCUCUGCCUGUUCGGCGGCAUCAGCAUCGCCUCCUGGAACGCCCUGGACGUGCUGACCGUCGAGCUCUACCCGUCCGACAAGAGGACCACGGCCUUCGGCUUCCUCAACGCGCUGUGCAAGCUGGCGGCCGUGCUGGGCAUCAGCAUCUUCACGUCCUUCGUGGGCAUCACCAAGGCCGUGCCCAUCCUCUUCGCCUCGGGGGCGCUGGCGGCCGGCAGCUUCCUGGCCCUCAAACUGCCCGAGACGAGGGGUCAGGUGCUGCAAUAAUCGAACGCCACCCACCGGGGCGCUUGCGCAGGUGAGGCGGCGCUUUAGUCACAAUUGGUUUGAAUGGAAUCAUGACGCAAUUUGUAGACCCCCCGAAAAGAGGCGGAUGGCGGGGGGUCCGAGAACCGGGAAGGCUCUUGAUGGUGAGCCGUGCAAAAUCCAGUAGCCACUCACACGCACAAAUAUUUACUGAUUUGAUGCCUCUCUUUUUUGUUGUUGUUGUUGUUGUUGUUUUUUUUUUUUUUUGAGGUGUUUCAUUGGUGUUGAUUCUGUUGCCAAUGAAGCAUUCGGGGUCUCUUUUGUUGCGGUGGGCGCAGCGCUAAACGAAGCUUCCUUUUGCCCUUUGAAAACUUGAUUUACAAUCGUUACCGUCGCAAGUUGAAAGUCAUCGAGUGUCCGUUCAAAGCACAAGCGUAGCGUGAGUGCGCGUGCUCUCAUGUCGUGAAUCCCUUUGUGAAGAAAUGCCUUUUUUUUUUUGGGUACCUCUCCCGCCUCGUCUUCUACAUGUCCGAGUGUACGUAUGUAUGGACAUGUGCUGCAUGUACAUGUAUGACUAUCGGGAGCUCCAAAAGCAUCCAAACCAUGUGAGGACAGGCACGUUCAAAAUGAUGCUUUUCCACUGCAAAAGGGAAACCGCGAAAACCACGCGACGUUGAACGCAUCGCUCGUAACGAGGCUAACGGACGACAGCAACGGAGGAAAUCAGGGGAGGUCGCUUUUGUCCAAGAGGAGACUGCGGACGGCAAGAUGUAACAGCAUUAGAAUCCAGGAGAGGCGUAAUAAUUCAUCAAUUAAUCGAUCAUCAUAUUCAUUGACGACUAUUUUGAUCAUCGAGUCAUCGUUUGGAGACCUCGUUUAACUUCAAAUUUCAGCCUCUCCACAGCAAAUAUUCUCAGCUUUCUGUCGUCCACCAUGAAAGCAGACUGAUUACCUUUUGUGCUCAAUUAACAGAAGACAUUUGCAAACAUCUGCUUUGACUUUUGAAAACAAUGUUCCACAUUUUUGCUGAUUUUUGACCUCUUACGGACCAAACCAGUAACUGAAUCAUCAUUAAUUCAUGGCAAAAAAAAUAAAAAAUAGUUUACUCUAUGAUGACAAUGAUGGUUAUUUGCAGGUGUAGUAUGAAGAACGUGUAGUUGAACCCGAAGCCGCCUCAGAAGUGUACACCAAACUAGUAGCCGUCGCUCUCACUUUGAAAAAGCAAACCGGGACACCCUCUCGCAUCAAAUUGCUUCACUCUUGUUUGUUUGAUUUAGUUUCAUCAUUAAACAAUACCAAAUCAACAACCGUGAUCGGUUCAGAAACACUCAUUGAAAAAAACCAAAAAGGUUUUGCAAUAAACAAUAAAUAAAUGGAAGUUAAACUGUGAUCUGAUUAUUGGAAUAAUCGCUGGAGAAAUCGACAGAAUAAUCGAUUCCAAGCAUUUUCAAAAGCCCUACUCCGCAGUCUCUACUUUGCUGCAGCAUUCAGAACUAAGACAAAGGUAAAAUUAGCGUGCGUGUUUAUUCUCCUCAUUAGCGAUGCGUGAGAAACAAAACCCAUUUUACCCAGGAAGAGACUGAGGGCAGCCAAGUGGACACUGUGGAAUACAGCUAAAGCUACGCUAACGUUAGCGUCUCCUCUUGGACCCAAGAAAUACUGUCGUCCCUCGUACGUGAUGGCGUGGUGGGAAAGCCACAUUAUCGCCUUGUAGCGCAAGGUAUUUGUAACGUAUGUCAGCCGUGACAGAAAGGCUAAUAUACAGUAUAAAAUCAUAAUAAUGAUGAUCAUGACCUGUGUGAAGUGAAUGUUGAAUGUUAGCGUGAUUAUCGUGCACUAUUUAACCCUCCUGCGCAAUAUCCCCCAUCGUGUUAUUUUAUUUUUUUUCAGAUUUGUUUUUGGGGCAAAAUUACAGCAACGAAUUAGACGUACCACGUAGGGCUCGACCAAUAGGUGGCGCUAAUCAAGUUUGUAAAUGAGAUUCACUGCCAAGGGCUGAGAGCAUAACAGCACAGGGUAGAUUCAACAACAAAAAAAGUCGGCAAAGCUCAUUCACGUACGUUCGUUCACAUCGUUUAUGUCCGAACUGCCAUUUUGUAGGAUAGCAGCCAUAUAUGAUGAACGCGACUUUAUAUACAGGGUGGCCGCCAAACUCGCAAACUCGCAGCGCUUCACUUUAGGCACAUUUUAUUAUGUUACAGCCUUACUCCAAAAUGCAUUCCAAUCAUUUCCCCCUCAAAAUUCUGCACAAUAAUGACAGUAUGAAUCAAGAUUGUCGUUUAUAUCUAUUUUUUUAAAUUGCAUAUUUGUCAUCAAAUAUUGGAUUGGAUUGUUCCGCUGACUCCAGGUACCCAGAGCUUAUCAUCGACUUACAUUAAUGUCGUUCUGGAAAAUGUUAUGACUUCAUUUGCCCUCCCUCAAAGUUCAUCACACAACACCAAAAUUGGAACCAAAGUGUCAUUUCUUAGUUCGUGCAUCUUAAGCGUCAGAAGUCCAUUUUGUUAUGCAGGGUCAUUCUGGGCUCAAGAAAAAAACUCUUUGAGUAGAAUUUUUGCACAUGUAUUGAAAACAAAAUUGUCACAAUGGGGUGUUAUGUGUCCAAUUGUGAGGUGGGAAAAAAAUGAAUGUAUUCAGUUUUCUAGAACAAGAUUUAAAUGUAAAUAGAAGGGAGACAAUCUGAAGGUAAUGUUCAUGGGACUUUUAGUUCUCGGUACUGGGAGGUUGGCCAAAUCAAUGCUUCCAAUGAAAUAGGUUGGUGGCAAAUGCGCAAAAUAUAUAUAUAUUUUUUUCAUUUUGAAGAAAAAAUAAAAAAAAAAAUCAGAAUAAUGGUGUCAUUCAUGGAUGAUGUAUGCGCAAUUGUAAGGAUUUAAAAAAAAUAAUAAAAAUCCGUUUUGGCAGGAAGCUGUAACAUGAGAAAAUGUGUCAAGUGUGGUGUACGAAUACAUUGCGGAUGCUUUGCAAAUAAAGUUCGAAUCCAGCCAGACAGACGGCCCGUUGCACUAAACGCACAUGCGUACACGCACACGCCAAAAUAAAAGAGCACAAAUUCUACCAAACGAGACAAUUGAAUCACAGUUGCAAAGCAGCACUGGACCCGCCGCUUCCAUUUUUGAUUGAUUUUUGAAAAAAAUCAUUAUUUUAGUGUGCCAUUUGUCAUGUCGUUAUUUCUUGCCAAAUGUUUUCUACGCCACACGCCAUCUGUGCUCUAUAGAUAUGAACAUAUGUACAUACAAAUGAUCAUAAUAGUGUAACAAAACAACAAUAAGAUAGCUCUUGGAACCUUUUUUAGUGUGCGCUUGUCAGUCAUGUGACCUCUAGAUAUGGGAACUGUCCGUUUUCACAGAUUUCAUCUCAAAAUGUCCACAAAUUCAAAUACAACAAACGUGAAAGGCAUCGAACGGCGAGCAGGAUUUCAAGGUAACUGUCCAUUUUGAUUGUUCAACAAUAAAAAUGUUGCAAGUCACUUCACACCAGAACUAGGAACUUUUGAAGGCCCCUGCCAGUCCUUUUGAACCAACGUAUCUGAUUGGAUCCGUUGAGUUCCGGGAACCGCAGCUAGCGAGAACCGAAUGUCUCUGGAACUUUAGCUUCAGAUUGUCUCUGGUCUGUUUAAAUCGAGUUCUGGGGUAGAAAGAACAUCCCGCUUGUACGAACCAACGUAUCUGAUCGGAACCCUUUAGUUCCCGGAACUUCGGGUGCCAAGAACUAAAAGUUCCCGGAACCUUGGCUACCUAACUUAUGUUCAGGGUUUAUUUUGUACAAAGAAUCUGUUGCCACGGCAACAGCAGCCAGUCACGAGCGCAAAAAGCUAACAAAGCAAUAAGUUGUCUGGAUAUUUUUCGUCCGCGAGCGUCAAAAAACAACACUAAAAGUCCUUGAAAGACUUUUUUUUUGUCCAAAUAGAUUGCCAUUGUCAUUCAACGUAGCAAAGUAUCGAUCGCCUUUGUCAGUGUGUAUUGUGCCGUAGGAUGUGUAGUUUCAUUGUAAGCAUAGCCAACUGUGUGUGCAGUCAUAAAUAUCAAGGUUGAAAAAAAAAAGUGUCAAUUCUGUAUGUUGUCUUUGCUUUUGUGUGUGUGUGUGUGUGUGUGUGUGUGUGUUUUGGGUUUUUUUUUUUUUUUUUUUUAAAGAGAAUGGAAUAUAUAAGUAAAUAUGUCAACGUUAUGGAUCAUAGUAAACCCAAGUGAGACUUUGCUUUUGUUAAAAAGCUGUGUGAUAUUUUUCUGAAAUCUCAUCAUGGGGUUUGCACUUGUUGCGCAACCAACCCUUUAGAAUCACAAUGGAAAAACCACAAAGAAUAAAAGUUAUGCUGAAAAGAG